UUGUAAAUUGAAGAAAAUGAGAAGAAAUUGUAAUUUGGAGCUUAGGCUUAUGCCACCUUCUCUUUCAACUUUUUCUCCUAACAAUUGCAAUAAUACCUCCUAUUUUUCAAUGGAGGAGGAUAAAGAAAGCACAGAAUUAGAGAAUAAAUCUCAGCCGUUAACAAUAUUUUACAAUGGAAAACUUGUGGUUUCUCAUGUUACUGACCUUCAGGCUAAAGCUAUAAUAUAUCUUGCAAGUAGAGAAAUAGAGGAGAAAACAAACAAGACUUCGUCACCAAUGUCUGAACCGUCAUCACCAUUAUUACAACCUCAAACUGUGAAGAAAUCUCUACAAAGAUUUCUACAAAAAAGAAAAAAUAGAAUUGAAACAACUUCGCCAUAUCAUCACUAGCUUAAUUUAGUUCCAUUAUUUGUACAUAUGUUUUGUAUUUUUGGAUCUAGAAAUUAGCAUAUCACUUAUUUUAUAGCUUUGUCUAUACAAAAUUUUCUUAUUUAA